AUGGGAGCUGGAUGUAGUUCUCACUUUGAGGUACUACUACACAGUGAGCCAAGCUCUUAUCGUCGUCAUCAGAGCAAUACCACCAGCACAACUUUAAACACCAAUGGUAAUGGCAUGGUCGGUUCUCAAAGGGGAGGUGUGGAAAAUGUAUAUCAUCAGAAUGAUAAUUCUCUUGCAAAUUCUGCCAGGUUUCAAUUCGGAAAGAAGCAAUCACGAGAGAAUUCUGUGUCAUCUGAAAUUGAAACUUUGGAUCUGAGGGCAAAGAAGGUAUCAUCAUUUAGAAUUCCUGGCCUUCGUGUGAGCUGGAUUGGUUUUCCCCAAACUCCACAAGGAAAAUCUCAAGAGGAAGUGAAUUUGGAAUUGUGUUGUUCUUACCUCCCACAACAUUUGCUCUUCUGUUUGAGAUAUAUUUAUUAUGGAGGUGAGGGGAAGCAAUAUAAGAAAAAGCUAGCCACUCCUCUUCCACAAAGUUUUUCACACAACGAUGGAAGUUGUCUUGUAGAUAAUGAAAGCAAGUGGUCUGCCUUUGUCUCUGUAAAUACCGACUACUCUUCUCACUAUCAAGAUUCCCAUGCACAUAAUAAUGGGAAAAUAGCUUCAAUCUUCAAGAGAAGACUCUCCACAUCAACAACCAACACGAUGAGAACCAACCGUUCAGGUGGUAAUAGGAAUAAUAAGACAAAAGCUGCAAAACCAGUAGUCUCUGCAGCACAACAGGAAGAGGAUAGGAUCAAGCAAGUACUUCCAUUGAGUGAAUUUGGGAAUGAGACUUGCAUCCUGGUGAUUGAAAUGAAGGGAUUUUCAAAAGUUGUGGACUCUUUCUAUGAUUGUUCAACAAAUUGUGAUGUUGCGGAAAUUUCCAGAUAUAUUUAUUACAUGUACACUACGUUAAUUGCGAUCAUUCAUGACAUGGGGGGUGAUAUUGAGAAAUUUGAGGCUGAUCUUUUGGUGUGUCAAUUCUUUUCACCUAGAGUGGAUCGCUCAUUCACUGAUUCAAUUCUUUCUGCCAUUCAAUGUGCAUUCAGGAUUCAAUCAUUGGCCAAUUUAAAGACCUACAAGUGUAUUAGUGAAAGUGCACCUUUGGAAAUUAAAUGUUUGAUAGGUGUUGGAGAUUCCUUAUCGUAUCAUUUGGGUGGUUUUGGAAAUCAUUGGAUGAGAAUGUUUGGAGGCCAAGUUGUUUAUCAAACAAGGAAACGUCUGAAGGAUUGUAAGGAAGGAUUAGUCUUCAUUACCAAGGAUGCCUAUAACAAGUGUAAACAAUCCUUAGUGGCGAGUGAGGAACCAGGGAAUCUCUUUUUAGUAACUCACGUUACUAAAGAUAUUGAUCAUCAUCCACUUGCUUCGAUAACAUUUCAUUGUUCCUUCUCACAGGCAAUUCUUCUCUUUUUGAAUAAGAAUUUACUUUAUGGAAUUGAAACUAAAACAAUCGAGUCAAUGAAUUCAGUUGUGGAAUUGGUGGUGUGUACACAUUCAAUUAAGGCAUCUCUAUUUGGGUCGAGCAUUCCAGAACAUGAUUUAACCGUUAAGAAUAAGAUUGUAACCUCAGUACAAGAAAUUAUAGAGCAAUAUAAUGCCACGUUCCAUGACUUGUUCUACGAGAAGGAUUGUGUCAUGUUUGUGUAUACCUUCGAGAGACAUAUUGCUGAGGAAAAUCCAUCGCUAGUGAUUCAAUGUAUGAGAGAAAUUGUGGAAAGAGAACAAUUACAAUUUACAGGAAUUGGAUAUGCAACUGGAUACAGUUUUAGAGGAAGUGUUGGAUCUGACUUUCGAAGAGAAUAUGGACUAUUUGGAGAGUUGAUAAAGCGUUCCAUUUCAUUCUGUAACUAUGCCAAUGACCAUUUGAAAGGGUCCAUUGUUUGUGAUGGUAAUACAGCCACCAUCUUGGAAGAAGUGUGUACUAUUAAGCCAUUAGGAACGUGUCACUUGGAAGGAGUCAGAAAUCAAAAAUUGCAUUCAGUCCUGUUAGAUGUUCCUCCAACAGCAGAAGACUUUUUCUUUCCAAAAGGAUACAAUGAGCAUAAAAGAGCAUCAGAAGGAAACGUUUUCUUGAAUCUUGAUUCUCACCAUUUAUCAAAGUUGACUCAUAUGCUAUUACAACAAAAGGAUUAA